AUGGACAAACGAAAAGUUGCUCCCAAGGGGAGAUUGCUUGCUUUGACCGCAUAUUGCCGGGAGCUGGAAUCCCUCCUUACCGCCAAUGGUAUUCCUCUUCCGGAAGCACCUCCGAUGCACUCCCAGGACAUCUAUGAAAAUGCGAAAUCUACGACCGGCCAGUUUAAGGAUGUCCUCCAACAACAGGGCCCGUUCCCUAGCAAGAGUCAGACAGAAUUCCAACCAAGCGAAUGGCCAGAUCAUGGAGGCCGUAACGGUCAGACUUCUCCUUUCUUAGAAAAUGGAGCCGGAAUCGAUGAUGACUACUUCUAUUCGGGGUCAUCGCCUGAACAACCCAUGAUUGACAACCCCAACCCCAAUACACAGCCAGAUCCUCUCGUCGAUCAGCUAUCAGGAAGGAUGGGCUCCCUACAAAUAGCAGAAGAUGGCCAGCUCCGCUGGUUUGGUGCGACUUCAAAUCUCCACAUCCUUCACAAUGGCCCUCUUUCUCUAUCCCGAUCCAAGUUCCGCUCUCCUUCCAAAGAAGGCGCAGAUCUACUACAUGGUGCAGGUGUCGGUCAUACAGUCGAUGGUGCUCUCGAAGAUCAUCUCCUGAAGCUUUAUUUCUGUUGGGAAGACCCUAGUAUCCAUGUUGUCGAAGAGUCGAUCUUCUGGCGCGAACGAAAAAAAGUCAGGACCGAGGGUAAAUCUAGUACAUUAUAUUCUGAGGUAUUAACGAAUGCAAUCUGUUCUGUCGGCGCGACUUUGACGUCGAGGCAAUGCCCCGGUCUUCCGGAUCCGUUGCCAGACUUCUUUGGAACUAGAGCGAAGUUAUUACUCGAUCUCGAGAUGGAUGCACCUACCUUGUCAACAGUGCAGUCAUUGGUCAUACUCAGUGCCACGGAUGCAGCCCUCACAAGAGACGCUCGUGGCUGGCUCGACAGCGGGGCAGCUGUCAGGCUUGCGGUCGAUUUAGGGCUCCACCUUGAUCCUGAACCAUACGUUCAAGCGGGUAUCAUUUCAUCGGAAGAAGGAAUGAUUCGGAAAGUUAUCUGGGGCGGGGUGUUCGUGCAUGAUAGAAUGUGGAGCCUGUACGUUGGCAGGCCGGUCGGGAUCGAUGACAAGAAUAUCACCGUGCGAUUCUCUAUACCAGGAAAUGGCACGGAACGUGUGCAAAAGUGUUGGUCGCCCUACAUCGACGACAACGAGGGCCUAGACCUACCACUUGUGGCAGACUGCAUCGACGAGCUGAGCAUUUGGAAUGUGAAGCUCUGCGCCCAUAUGACGGAUAUACGCGAAGUUCUUUAUUCUGAUGGUAUCACAGAUCCGAAGGGCGUGAGAGAGUUGUAUGAUUUUGCCACUCAGAUGUACUCUAAAUUGUCAACAUGGCGUGAGACAUUGCCGAUGAGCUUGGUGAUCAACGGCCUUGACAACAAUUGCUUUUACCUACCGCACGUCCUACAACUCCAUAUGCAAUAUCAUUGUGUUAUCAUUAUCACCACUCGCCCGUUUUUUGCUUCCGCAAAGACAUUGCCCGACAUUACUGUCACUGAGCUCGCAAUGAUUCGCAAAGCAUGUACAGAUUCGGCAAAUUCGAUCGCAAGAUUGGUCCAUUUAUAUCGCCGUCUAUACGGUCUCAGGAGAAUCAACGUUCAGGCAGUCCAUCUUAUUUUCACGGCCACAUUGGUUCACGUAUUUACAGCCUGUGGAGCAUUGGAUCAAAGUCGAAGUGAGAAUGCCUGGAAGAACUUGGAAAUAUGUUGCCAGGCGCUCAGUGAAAUGGGCUUGGUGUUCAAAAAUGCUGCAAGAGCACUUGAAGUCGUCAUGGGUAUUAAGAGCGACCUCUUGAGACGGUCUAAAUCCAAUGCAAAGCGACAAAAUCCUUGGAAUGAGGCCCAGGAACCAGGGAACGUCUCGACUAAAAAGCGCCGGCCAACAGAUGCAUCGAGCGAGUUCCGAGACGUCAGCCAUGCAACUCAAAAUCAAGACAGCUCAGCAUUCGAUCCAACCUUCUCAGAGCCAGACCAAGCUUUCAAUUUCUUCGAUACAUCUUACGAUGACUUCUCGCUUGACACACUGUUUUGGAUGGGGUUUAACACAUUGGAGCUUCCUCAUUUUCCUCCCCAAGAUCCAUGA